AUGGAAUUGGCUCCUUCUUUGCCCAUCUUUAGAAAAGUUCAUUUUUAUAAUUAUCUAUUCUUAUUGCUAAGUUUGGUUGUGUUUUUGAUUACUUACUCAUCCUAUCUCCUUCCAUCUUCUCCAUCAGUCACAUCCUUGGCCAACUUGAUUUGGCCAAAUCCUAAAUCAUCAAAGAAGAACAAGGAAUAUAAGUUGCCACCAUUUGCAAUUGGAGAAGGUGAAAAAGAUUGCAAUUUAUUCAAUGGAAAAUGGAUUUGGGAUGAGUCAAAUAGGCCUUUAUAUAAUGAAUCAGAAUGUCCAUAUUUACUUCCUCAAGUGACUUGUCAAGAACAUGGUAGGCCAGAUAAAGACUAUCUCUAUUGGAGAUGGCAACCUAAUGACUGUCUUAUUCCCAGAUUCAAUGCAUCGUUGAUGCUAGAAAAUCUUCGAGGGAAGAGGAUGAUGUUCGUUGGUGAUUCUUUAAAUCGAGGACAAUUCACUUCUAUGGUUUGCCUCCUCCAUAAAAUCGUACCAAACGACGCUAAAUCCCUCAAUAAAGUCGAUUCGUUCACCAUCUUCACAGCAAAGGAUUAUAAUGCAACAAUUGAAUUCUACUGGGCACCAUUUCUACUAGAAUCAAAUGCAGAUAGUCCUGGAAAACAUAGGGUACCCGAUCGAAUCGUUCGAAAAAAUUCUAUCGAUACACAUGGAAAAUACUGGAAAGGAGUCGAUAUUUUGGUGUUCAAUACUUAUAUUUGGUGGAUGUCUGGCCGUACAUUCAAGAUUCUGAAUGGGACAUUUGAUGAUGAUAAUAUAAAAGAUAUUGAAGAUGUGCCAACUAAUGAUGCUUAUCGUAUGGGAAUGAAGAAUUUAUUGAGAUGGAUAAAUAAAAAUAUGGAUCCAAAAAGAAAUAGGGUCUUUUUUACAAGCAUGUCACCUUCUCAUGCAUGGAGCAAAGAGUGGGGAGGAGAUCCAAAUGGAAAUUGUUACAAUGAGACAAAAAUGAUAGAGGAUCCAAAUUAUUGGGGAUCAGAUAGUAGAAAAAGCAUAAUGCAAGUGAUUAAAGAAGAAUUUAGCAAAUCAAAAGUGCCAAUUACAUUUCUCAACAUAACUCAAUUGUCAAUGCCAAGAAGAGAUGCACAUACAUCAAUUUACAAAGAAAGAUGGGGACCUUUAAGUCCACAAGAAAAAGCAAAUCCUUCAAGUUAUGCUGAUUGUAUACAUUGGUGUUUGCCUGGACUUCAAGAUGUUUGGAAUGAGAUUUUAUAUGCUAAACUUUUGUAUCCUUAA